UUACACGAGGUAUGUUAUUCAAUCGCCAUGAAUGUCAAACGAAUUUAUUUUAUAUAACGAGCCGGUAUCUUAUAUCGCGAUAUCUUAUCGUAUUAUUGAUGUUUGCGAAAACGUAAAGAAGCUUGUAUCUCCUUUACUUGAACAAGACGUCUUCGUAUUUUCAUGAUCCCCAGGAGUCACGUGUCACGUGUUGACGUUCCAGUGCGCUCCUAGUUUUUCCUCCUGUCAGAGUGUUUUGACGAAGCAAAAUUACUUUCCUCUCGCAAUCGUAUAUAAUUUACAUUUACAUCUCGUGAUCAAGAGAUCCCAUCAUGGUUCUGAUGCCGAAAGAUUCCGCGAAGUUGGUCGCCGGUUUGGCGAAGCACGUGUUCGUCGAGCAGAAGGGUGUGAGAAAACUGGCGUCGACGAUCUUCGAGGGUAUCAAAACGGGUAAGAUUCGUCCAGGCAACAAUUUCUCGCAGGUCAAAUUUCAUCCUCAGGGUGACGAUCCCAGGGCGGCAGAUUGGAUAUUCCUCCUGGACACGUUGAAUUUUUCCUUCUGGACCGAGACGGGCGCGAAAAAGUGGACGGUCAGUGGAGAAACCGGAUACUUCGCGUUUUGCGCCGCCGUCCAGAGGGCUAUCGACGAGGGGAAGCCGAUGUGGGAUCCCAAGUAUUAUUCACAGCUGACGCAUCAGGACGUUGAAAAUAUUUUCCGAGGCGACGACGGUGAGACCAACAUUCCUCUCAUUCAGGAAAGAAUUAAGGGUCUGCACGAAGCCGGCAAGGUUCUGCUGGAUAAAUAUCAAGGUACAUUCGUGGAAUGUAUUAAGUCGUGCUCCGGUUCAGCUGAGAAGUUGCUCAAGUUGAUCGUCGACGAGUUCGAGUCGUAUCGGGACGAGGCCGAUUACGAGGGUCACCGGAUCAGUAUCUACAAGAGAGCCCAGAUCCUGAUAGGCGACAUAUGGGCCUCCUUCGAAGGACGUGGACUCGGGGAAUUCCGCGAUAUAGACAGCAUCACUAUGUUCGCCGAUUACCGCAUCCCUCAAGUUCUCGUACACUUCGGAGCUAUGCGUUACAGCGAUUCCCUCAGGAGCAAACUCGAAUCCGACGUGCCGUUGAAGCAGGGUGACAAGGAGGAGGUCGAGAUUCGUGCCUGCUCGAUCGAGGUGGUCGAGCAAGUUUCCGACGAGGUGCGAAGAUUGAUCCAGGCCGAUCCGAAGUUGAAUUUGAACCCGUCGACAGCCGUCAACGCGAUCCUCAUCGAUCAUUUCUUGUGGGAUUACCGGAGAGAAUACGCUCGAGAAUUGGAGCGCAUCCCAUUCCAUAAAACUAGGACCAUAUACUAUUAGAAAUUACAUGGUGCGAUCAGGACCACUGAAUUCUAUACUCUAGAAAUGAGCAGAGGUAUUAUAUUAUUGGAUCCAUUCCUUGGGAAAUCAUAGAGAAAAAAUAUCCAUGUCUUUUUAUAUAUUAUAUAUAUAUAUAUAUACUUUCACACAUUUGAGAAAAUAUUAAGCUACGUGAGUUUAUAUGAAAAAAUAAUAACAUUUUAUUUUUUAUGUGAUUUUUGUAUGAUCUUACUAGCAGAUUUACCAGUGCUCCUUCCAGUUAAAAUAGAAUUCAGUCAUCAGAGCGUACAAAAAAAUUAACAAUUGAUUAAGUAAAGAAAUAUAAUUCACGUCGUUACACAUACACACACAACACACAAUAUUUAACUAAAUUACAUCUGUGAAUUGUAUUUUACACUUUACACAUUUUCUUACACAUUUGUGAAAAAAGAAAGAAAACACAAUAGGAAUAAAAUAGAAUAACAAUUAUUAUG